AUGAAAAACGCCCUUACAGGCAUGAAAGGUCACUUGACCCGACAGAUUAACAAAUGUCAAAAUCUGUCACACCAGCCAUCUGUUAACCAUAUCGAGCUAGAAAACCACCUUGAAGUUGCAGAAAACAGGUUCAAGCAAAUUCAAGAACAUAUGAAUUUAUACUUGACAGAACUUUACAAAACCUCAUUAGGUGAAACUGAACUUGAUGACAUUGUAAAUAAUUUAACCCAGUACGAAGAAGAUGUACAGGUUAAACUUCAACCCUUCAAAAAUCAGAUUGCUAAAAAUAAAUUAACCACAGCCUCUACAGGAAUUCCAGAACCUGAUGUUAAAUUACCCCAGAUCAGACUACCCGCAUUCUCUGGUGGUGAGAAUGAAAGUUGGGAUGACUUCUGGAAUAAAUUUGUGGAUGCAGUAGACUCCAAAACUAACAUUCCCAAAACAACCAAGUUCACUUAUUUACAAGGUUUAUUACGAGAUGAAGCUUUGAAAGUAAUCUCAAACAUAACCCUGAUCAGUGAUGGUUACGAUCUAGUUGUUCAAUUGCUUAAGAGCAACUAUGAUAACUAA